CCAUUCUAAUUAUUGCUUUAUUAUAUAAUAACACCCACCGUGCACUCACUCCUAGCGUCCCUUUUUAAUUCCAUUUCAUCCGUCCUUUUAUUCUGUCAAUUCUCAUCGACCCUCCCUUUCUGUCUGUAUCCUCUCCGUCCCCCCCACCCCACAGCCAGACCAUAACAUCCGAUUGUCCUCUGGCAGCCUUCAUUAGGACCACGCCUGGAAGAUGUUCUCCUCUAAGUCAAGCUCUGUUUCUCCUUCUCCAUCAAUGGAUCCUACGGACACGGAUAAUCUGGAUAUUAGAACUAAGGUGCAGCUUCAGGGCGUGCUGUGGAAAAGACCUUUUGGGAAACAAUCCACUAAAUGGUCCAAGAGGUUUUUUAUAAUAAAGGACAGCUUUCUGCUUUAUUAUGCAGAGAAUGAAAGGCGAAACUUUGAGAGCAACAAAUAUUUUAACAUACACCCCAAGGGAGUGAUUCCGCUAAGUGGCUGCAGGGUGGACCCUAAAGAAGAACCUGGGAUGCCAUAUGCCAUUAAGAUCUCCCAUGAAGAUUUCCAUGGGGACAUACUGCUGGCAGCAGAGUCCGUGAUUGAGCAAAGUCAGUGGCUGGAACUGCUGCAUGAAUCUGGCAAAGUGACCUGGCAGAACGCCCAGCUUGGUGAGGCAAUGAUUGAGAGCCUUGAGGCUCAAGGCCUGCAGCUCGCCAAGGAGAGACAGGAGUAUUUUGAUAAACUAAUGGAGGAAACAGAGGAACUAUGUUCACAGCGAGAACAGAAAGAGGAGCUGGAGAAAUUAAAUCAGGUCCUGGAGACUGAAAAGAGUCGGUUUGAGGAUGUUGUACAAGAGCUGAGACUGGAGCAAGAGAAAAUCAAGCAGGAGCUGGAUGUGACUGUACAUUGUCUGAAAGGAGUAGGAGAAGAGAAACAGGAACUGUGCAGCCUCACACAAAACCUAGAAAAGACGAUGGAGGAGCUGUCUGUGGAGAAGCAGAGGGCCAUAGCUAUACUGGAAGCUAGUCAGCAUGAAGCUCAGGCAGCAGGCACAUGUACAGAGAAUCCUAGACCAAGUAUGCAGUGCAACCUGCAGCAGAUCGAGAACAAGAUGCAGAGUUUACUAGAGGAGAAGAUUCAGGCUGAAAGCAGGAUGAAGGAAAAUGAAGAGCGGUUCAGAUUAUUGGAGGAGGAGAGGGCUUUCUAUGUCUCUGAAUCUCAGGCGCUACAGAACUCUUUAGCUGACCUCACUGUGGAGAAAGAACAAACAGAGAAAGAGUUGAAGCUGCAGUUGAAGGUUCAGCUGGACCUUGAGCGGAAGCUUCACGAAGCAGAAGAUGCUUUACGUCGGCUUGAAGCUGGCCUGAACUCCACUAUCUUAAACCAAGACAAAGAGGAAAAGAUGAGGGCAGACGUUGGUCAUCUGAAGAAGUUUUUUGAAGAAUGCAUUAGGAAUUCAGAGAUUGAAGCAAUGAAGCCUGCAAUAAUGAAGAACUCUGUAUAUGUGCCAAAAUCAGCCAACAGACGCAUUAAAAGCUGCCGCUUUCACCAACAGAGGCCAAACUUCUCUCGCUUGAGGCACUCGCACUCUUUCUUAUUGUCUCCGGCUGAAACCACUGACAUACAGAGCCUCAAAGAAGCCGCCAGGAACCUGACCAGAGAUAAACAUUUCCGGGAAACCCUUUACCAGAUCAUUACCCAGAAGGAGCCCUCAAAAGGGCAUGACAAGUGACAUCUGUUCACCAUCAGGACCGAUGAACAAUUAGAAUUUUUUUGUCACUUAAAGAUAAGUGACAUUACUACAUGUAGCUAUACUGUGCCCACGUAGAGCCCUGUCUAAUGGUGGCAUGUUCUCAAGGGUUCAGUGUAUAGUUUUUAUGCCACUGCUUAGGAUUUUUCUGCAGAGCUUUCAAUCUAUGCCUCCAUCUCUGCCCACAGGGCCUAACAUGGACUCUGUGUCAACAGCAAGCUUUCUCCUACUACCAUUAGUAUUACACACAUAUAACGUUGU